AUCAAAUCCUCUCCUCCUCCUCGUCGUCCCCACCGAAGCCGCAGUACCGCACCCACGCGAACGCGAUGGCCUCCGCAGCUUCCUCCUACUUCGCCGGCCCGGCGAUCAUGCCGUCGCAGCGCGCGGUCGCGGUGCCCGACAACUCUGCCGCCGCCGCCGCCCCUUCCCCGGCCAAGUCGCGCGACCCCCGCUUCUCCGGAUGCGCGCCCGCCACCGUCCGCCACAUCGCCCGCUCCUUCGCCGCCGCGGCCGCGGCCGCCGAUGGUGCCGGCGGCGGUGACCCCGCCAUCUCCAUCGACGGCGUCGACGCCACCAACGUUUGGGUUCUGGGGAGGGUGGUGAGCUUGGUGAACAUGGAGGCUGGCGUGCAAUUCACGCUCGACGACGGCACUGGGAAGAUCGCCCUGGUGCGAUGGAUCACUGACCAGAUGGAUGCUAACGAGGUGGCUUUUGUCCAGAAUGGAGUGUACCUCAAGGUUCAAGUCACUCUCGUAGGGUUUAAAGCUAAGCAGCAGGGUUUUGCUCGUUCUAUCAGGCCUGUUAUCAAUUUCACUGAAAUUGUGCUGCAUUUCAUUGAAUGUAUGCAUUUGCAUUUGGAAAAUGUCCGGCCAAAGAUGCAAGGUCAACUCCCUCGCGCUGUUCAAACAAAUGCAUCUACUCAUGAGAUGCAAGCUCAAGUCCCUCACACAGUUCAAACAAUUACACCUGCUUGUACACCUUUUUCUGGUGGAGUAAGAGAGCAUCAAGUUCAUUUUUCUUCUGAAGUAAACCAAGGGCGAUUUCCUCCAUCAGUUCAAACAAACACAUCUAGUCAUGUACCCUUUUCUGGUGGAGUGAGAGAACAGCAGGUUCAUUUUACUCCUCGAUCAAACCAAUUUUCAGCUUACCCAGCUACUGGUGUACAGCUGAAUGCUCUGCAGAGAAUGGUUUUGGAUGUUAUGCAACAACCAGAUAUACUCGCACAUGAAGAUGGAGUACAUGUUGAUGAAGUGGCGAGGAGACUUGGAAUGCCAAGAGGACAAAUUCUGGUCGCUGCCGUGCAGCUGGUCGACUUGGCCUGCCUUUAUUCCACCAUCGAUGACUAUCAUUUCAAGUCUGUUUUAAAUGGCUGAUCGAUGCAAUCAUCUUCAGGACUAGUAUAACAAUAUAUGAGAUUCGUUCCAGUUUAUAGGUACUGAGCAGCAUUCAUGUAUAUGCUUUGAGUAUCCAUAUCUAGCACACGCACUUUCCUUUUGUACAUAUAGCACUCAUUUUUUAGUGGCCAAGCAAAUUUCAGACAUGCAGAUCGAUUAGAAU